AUGGAGGCAUAUGCUGCCGUCAAGUUUGCUGAUGCAUGCCUGCAUGGAUCGAGGGGCGAUGCUGGCAUUGCCGAGUGUGCGUUUGUUGCUUCUCAGGUGAAUGGCCUUCCGUUCUUUGCAUACAAAGUGCAACUUGGUCAUGCUGGCGCAGAGGAGGUUCUUCCCCUUGGCCCACUGAAUGCGUACGAAAGAGCUGACUUGGAAAAAGCAGAGAAACAGUUAGCAACAAGUAUUCAGAAGGGCAUUUCAUUCAUCAAGAAGCGAGCCGAUUGA